AAAGAUGGUGGUCACCGACUCUAAUCUGCGCCGUACGACAAGUUUAUCUUGUUCUAAUGUGGGCUUUUCCUUUAAAGACAGUUACCGGUCACUAUGCUGGCUCGCGCUUGUGUUGGCGUUGGCCAGUCGCACAUUAGCGGACGAGCCGAACUUCGAAGACUUUCUAAAGCGGGAAUAUUCUCUGGCCAAACCGUACCGAGGUUUGGGCUUUUCCAGUGCGGCCCAGUGGGAAUUGAUGGGCACGGCGAUGGUGACCACUGAACACGUGCGACUGACACCAGACCUGCAGAGCCGACAGGGUGCCGUUUGGAGUCGGAUCCCCUUAGUCUUGCGGGACUGGGAGCUCAGAGUUCACUUCAAGAUCCAUGGCCAGGGGAAGAAGAACCUGAACGGUGAUGGUAUUGCCGUCUGGCUGACCAGAGACCGCAUGCAGCAUGGGCCUGUGUUUGGAAACAUGAACCAGUUUGUUGGCCUCGGUGUCUUCCUGGACACGUACCCCAAUGCAGACAAGACUCAUGAUAGAGCCUUCCCCUACGUGUCUGUGAUGUUGGGUAAUGGCACGCUGACCUAUGACCACGACCGCGACGGCAGACCCACUGAACUGGGAGGCUGCGCUGCCAUGCUUCGCAACGUGGCCCACGACACCUUCCUCCUCGUCAGAUACUUGAAAAACCGACUGACGCUCAAACUGGACGUGGACGGUAAGCAGGAGUGGAAAGACUGUGCGGACGUGACCGGGCUGCGCUUGCCCACGGGUUAUUUCCUCGGUGCUUCUUCGCUCACGGGAGACUUGUCUGACAACCACGACAUCAUCUCCAUGAAGCUGUACCAGCUAACACCUGAGAACGGUCUGGAUGACAAAGAGGAGGAGGAGGAGGAGGAGGAAGUGCUGCUUCCAAGAGUGGACAACAUGGAGCAGUUCCACGUGGAGGUGGAGGAGGAAGGGAUGAGCGGCGUCCAGCUGUUCUUCACGAUCCUGUUCUCGCUCCUGGGCCUGGCAGUUCUGGCAGCAGUCGGCGCCAUCCUUUACGGACGCUGGAAGGAAAACAAGCGCAAGCGUUUCUACUGACCUGAGCCGGAGCGUCACAGCUGAGUGCCGGGCCGACGUCGCCGCCUCUCAUCAGCCAUUCGAGCAAAUCCAACCUGAAAGAGAUCAGUAGCUUUGAAAAGAUGACGACGAAGAUUCUAGUGUUCAAUAUCGAAUCAUCUCAGAACUGCACUGAGACACAAACUCUGAGGCUCCGGAUGAUUGUUUCUCUAAACUGGAUUUUUGUAGUUGAAGUACACCUCCUUUUACCACUGGGUGCUGCUCGUGAGCAGCAUUGUGCCACUGAGCGCUGGUGCGUGUUUGACCGCGACUCAGCCUCCACUUACUGAGCUGUCCAAAUCUCAGGGUCUACAUGGGCAGAGGAUGACUUUUACAGCGACCUUCAGCCCCUUCAGAUGGUCUUUUAUCAUGUAGCACCUUUCCAGCAUAUACACACACACACGCACAUCUGCCUUGCCACCUGCGUUUUCAAAACUCUCAAGGCCACGGAAAAGAUUUGUUGUAGCACUUCACCUGCCACAAUAUCAAUGCGACUCAUGGCUCUGUGGCUGCGCAACUUCUCACAACAAUGUGUUGCCUUAAAACCAGGAAACAGCAGAAACAUAACCUGCAGGUGGUCGUAAUGUUUGGCUGAUUUGUCCCUGCAGUGCAAAAACACAUAUAAAAUGUUGCCUAAAACUGUUUUGCUGAAUAUGAUUUAGUAUUAAUUGAUUCAUGGAUCUUUUGUUUUUUUGUUUUUUCUGAGUUCCUCUACGAGUUUUUGGUCCGAUGAAGAGUCCCUGAACAAAGCCCUCUGUGGUGACACCUGAAGGGCACACUGGUCCCAAUGUGUUUGGUACUUAAUAAAGUCUUAAAUACUUAAAUAAGGUGAGCAGCUGAACUACUAUAGUUUUCAAUUACAUUGACUACUUUCAAAAGUCCAAACUAAAAUGAGUUAUUAGGAGUUUUAGGUGUUUUUUCCGGUUGUUUUUGUAGCGCUUUUCUCUGAGGUUCCGUUGUAGAAGUCUUCUCUCGCUUCCACUGUGAAUUAAAUUAAUGAAUUGUACUUUUCGUGUUUUAAUGUGACUUUAAAUAAAGAGUA